CUCCAAUAGCUUUAAGUAGGACACACUUUCCUCAUGCCUUUAUUUUCCUUCCGCACUCUCUGAACGAGGACCUCUUUCACAGACACCAUGAGUAAGUCCGGCACCCUGAAAAUAAAGGGCUUGUUUAAAUUAAAAUCACCUGAUAAAGACAGCAAGGAGCAGAAACGGUCGGGCACCCUCAAAGAUGGACCAGCUACCAGCCCCGCGAGCCCCGCGAGCCCCGGUGCCCUCAGCCCGGGAUACAACGCCACACUGGCUGAUGAUGUGUUACCCAUUUCCCCUAAAGUAAAGAAAGAUAAGCGGCUGUUGCCGUUCAGGCUGAAACGGAAGAAAUCCAAGCACAAAGAAGAAGGAGGAGGAGGAGGAGACGUGUUCUUCCCUGAUGAACUGGACAGCUUCCACAGCCACCUGAGCUAUGACCAGAUCAGUGUUUCCACAGAGUGCAGUUACCAGACUGUAUCGGACUGGUACCCUCAAUCUGAGUCCACCUCCAUGAUCAGCUUUGACAUGACUCAGCCACACAGCCCAUCUUCACCCUCCAAAUUCUUCAAGAGUUCAGAGGAGAACAGGGGAGUGCUCAGUCGCCUCAGCAAUUUCUUGAGGUCCAAGAAAAAGAAGAGCAGCAGCAAGCAUCAUUCAGACUCACUUUCCCCAACAUCCCCCUUGUCUCCACGUUCACCCCAGUCUCAACAGGAGGAUGGGUCAAUGACUCGGACUCCUUCUCGAAGAGACAGUGAGCUAAUGGGGCCUCAUUAUGGAGGCUCUUCCAGAAUGGGAGCAGAGCUUGAUGACAGACUCAGCCAAAGCUCCAGUCCCAGUGCCUCGAGUGUGGUUUCUCUGCUGACAGAUGGAGCAGAGCUGCCGUUCGCAGACAGCAACAGCAGCGGCCGAAGCAGCGUGAAGGAGGUGCACGUGUGCAGGGUCAGCACAGCCAGCAGUGAAAGGAAUUCUGGGAAUGUGACUCCCACCCCACUGGACCCUGCUCCUACCACUCAGGCAAGUGCUGAUUCCAGCCCAGAACGGGGCUUUGCAGAGUCAGUGGUGAAGGAAGUCAGCAAGAGGCUGCAUGUCAGUUUGGAAGAAGAUAUUCAGAAGAAUACAGAGGGUUCCAGGGAGGACGUCGCAGUUAAUCAAACCACACAGCCGAAAUUGAAUAUCCCCAUUUCCAAGGCAGUUGAGGCCCCAAAGUCUCCUAACCUAACCUCUAUAAGUUUAGCAACAAAGAAAUCAUCAGUGAAAGUUGGAGAGAAGGGGCACAGCACCGCCCUGAGUGGAAUCACUUUACGCCCUCAGUCGUCCACCUCACACCAAAUCACAACUGAACAGGAAGACUCUCCAAACGCAGCGAGGGAGAACAAGAGGAGGGGUCAGCUAUUCUCUUGGAGCACUGUCGCCACAGCAUUGGGCCCUACGCCUGAGAAAGAGCCUACAGAUGAUUCUCCUAUCCACCUUCACAAAGCCAUAUGGGUGGAAACACACCUGGGACCGGAGGAGGAAGGGGAGAGGGAGGGGGAGGAAGAUAUAAUGAAACAAGGGGAGGAAGGCUUCAGAGCAGACUCGCCUCCCGUGCUGGCUAUACCUGUCACAGUAAUUCCUGAGGACGACUCAUUACCUCAGUGCACUACGGACAAAAGGCCUUUCACCCCCCCAGAGACUGUGCCGUCCAGUUCCAGCUUGCCAGAAUCAGCCACCUCCUUGGCACCGACUACAGGGGAGUUCCAAACAACCUCACCACAGCCAGAGGAGCCCGACACGGGCACAGGCUCAAAGCAGGGUUCACUCAAGGAGAAGCGCAGAUCGAGAGAAGUCCGUGUUACGCGUAAGACUGUGAAUCUGCCUUCGAAGCACAAAGUUUUUGCCCACAAGGUGUACGUUAGCCCAGAGCCAAGUUUGGAUGAGAGCGAAGCAGCGGAAGAGGAGCUCAGCAGAGAUUCAACUACAAAGACUUCAGACACAACAGAAGUGAAACCACUGCCAAGCCUCCAAAACAACAAUGUGGAACUCAAAGAAGCCAACCUUGAGCCACUGCCAACACCAGAUGAGAUGACGCACUCUGACACAAAUACCCCUGAGCCCAUAGUUAAAGAAAAAACAGACUCUGAGGCCUCUGACUUUGAUGAUACCUCUGCAGCCUCUGACAUGUACGGGGCAAAGUCACAAGCGGUAGGGUCAAGGGUAAGAAGCCAAGGGACUAACCAGGCUACACCCUCUAAACGAGGGGUUAAAGCAGCAGCAGAAAGUCAGCAUACCACAGCAAGUGGAGCAAAAACUCCAUCCUCAGCAGCUGGCAGUAAGGCCAAAACUGUGACAACAAAGACCAAGGCCUCCACAGAGAGCACAAAGGUGGGAACUUCCAGUGAUAUGCCACCACAGAGAGAGCCUGGCAAUGAUAAAACAGUUUCUAUGUUACCAACAUCAAAAGACCAAAGCACCAGUGGUCCCUCAAGUCCAACAGGUUCAAAGUCUAAAAUCCCCAAAAGGUCACCAUCAGAUGCUGAUGUCAAAUCACCAGUGACAGCAGAUAAAACAUCAGUGACUGAUGCCUCUGGGUCAGUGGUCACUUCCAAACUGCACAAACAACCCAGAACCAAAGAGGCUUUGAAAUCACCGGUCACUACAACCAAAGUUGGCAGGAAACAAAGUUUUGAAGAAGCCAAGGGAGGGAAAGCUCUGUCCGGAGACAUUUCUCCCACAAAAACAACUCCCAAGACAGGAACAAAGCUUGUUAAAGAAAAGCCAGAUGAGGACAGUGACUCUAUAAACCUGUUAAAUGGCAUGGAGAGAGACCAAGAGGAGAGCAGUAUUAAAACAGCACACCCAACUGACAGGGAGGGCCUGGAUGUCAAAAAACAAAGGCAAAACCGUCUGGAGAAUAAUGCCUCCGUGACACCAAAGAGUCGGUUGCCCAUUUCAUCUCCGACAAGGAAGAAGAACGAUGAGAUAACUCAAACAAGUGGCACCAACUAUAAGAAAGUGACAUCUAGUCAGACAGAUUCUGACAAAUCCAAGACAGUCCAGAAGCAGAGUCCAGAGCAGCAAGAACUAUCUCCUAGUAGUGAGACAUCACCCGCACUCCCCGAAAGUCCCAAGAAAGGAAGCAUGCUGUCAACCGCACCAUCCAAACCCCUAUCUAAAAGAAGCAUUAGCCAUGAAGAGAGUGACACAUCCACCUUGAGUGUCUCUCCACCUCCCACCAAGCAAGAAAAAACUGUCUCAUUGAGGCUCCCCAAACAGGGCGACAACAUCAAACACCAGAAAAGUACAGUAAAGGAUUCAGCUGAUCCUUCAUCACCUGUAAGCAAGCUUCCUACAAGGGGUCAGAGAAGCCCCAGCAAAGUAAAACCCAGAAAACUUUCACCAACUAAAAAAUCUGCCCCCACAUCCACAUCUGAACAGGAGGACUCUAAUCAGAACACAGAGUCAGUUGUCUCUGACAAUGCUAGUGGUGAUGGAUUUAAAUCCAAGUCUCUGUCUUCAGAUGAACAAGAGCAUGUGAUAAAAGUCAAAGACAAUCAGUCUGCUAUCAGUGAAAACAAACUGAAAGUAAAAGAGACAAAGGAAUCAGAGGAAAGCAUAACCAGUCCUGCAACUGAGGAGAUUUCAAAAAUCCAACCAAUGCAAAACAACGAUGCAAUUACUACAGAAAACACUCAAGUAAAAGUUACAUCAGUUACAGGCUCAGGGGCUGAGAUACUGGCUAGCGGUGAGGUUGCCAAAGCAAGUCCAUCUGAGACGCCACCUGUUCCUGUAAUUAAUGCUGAGACUGAUUACCAGGAAGGACAGCAUGAGAUCAAACAACAAACAAAAGUUGAGUCUCCACCUAAGAAAUCUCACGAUCAAAGGGACAACACCCAACAGGAACAGGAGGCACCGUCUUCACCAAAGAUUUGUACAGAGGAAGUUAAAGAAAAAGACGUUUCAGAGACAGACCAGCUAAUAAGUAACAUAAAACCAAAUUUAAUCCAGGAGAGAGGCCUUCCAGAGCCAGAUUCUGCUGUGCUGGCUCAGAAAACAAUAUCACCUUACCAUGAGGAUAUAAGUGAUAUUUCAGCCAAACCUGUUGUAGUUGACAGCACUCACUGUGACAUAGUGGCCCACAUUGAUAAGGAAGGUGCUAUGCCUGAUAGUGUAACCCUGAAAGAAACAAACAAAGUCACUGCUAAGCAACAUAACAGCAGAAUUAGUCUUCCUGCUAAAUUGGCCUCAAAAGACCAAGACACUGAGCCAAAAGAUGUACUUUCAGCCACAUCCAUUGCUGUUGAUGCUGACCUGGCCAGCACAGAGCAGCAAAAGAAGUUACUGAAGGAUCAAACCACAAAUACAAUUCUUAAAAAUGAUAGAUUGCCCACAUUAAGCAGAGAUUUAGUAAAAGAUUUUGAAGUAGAGAAGGAAAGUAAAGAGGAGGCUGGCAGGAAACCAGCAGAGGCUUUGGACAUUCAAACAGAAGCUGUGACUGUUUGUGAAUUGCCCAAGAAUGUUGAAAAUCAGCUGGACAAAGGGCCUCUUUUACUGGCAGGAGAAUCUGAAAGACAGGAGAAAGACUCAAAACCAAAUGAAAAGCUGAAUGACGCAGCGGUGGAAAGCACUGACUCACAGAAGAGUUGCAAAAAGGAGCUCAAGGGCAUAACUAUUAAGCAUGAGACUGAGAGAGACAUCACAAAAACGCAGAUGCCAACAGAUCUAUCAUCAGAGGAGAAGCGUAUACAGCCUGACUUGGAGGAACGACCACACACGGCAGUUUCAGAAGCCCUGGCAGAGAAGAAAAUAGAGGCAGAGCAAGCAAGAAGUGCACUCCCUGAAAAUACAGCCAGUGUGGUUGAUUCAAAGCAGGAGAGUGAGAUCAUCUUAAAGGAGAAUGCAGAGAGAGGUGAUAAGGAGACUGAUCAAGAGAUGAAGACAUCAACUGUGAAAAAUGAACAGGAACCCAAGGUACUUCUAACCAAUGCUGAGAAGGUCAGGGAUAAGGAAGCAAAUCAGGGGGACAAACAGGCCGACGUAAAGAAGAGUCAAACUCCAGAAAUAAAAGCUGUGAGCUCUAAAACUACAACUACUAAAGAAGAGAAUGAAACAAAGGAUUUGUUGAUGAAGAAUUUACAGAAUGAGAUUUCAGAUGAGACUGCUGACUCUGAGGUUAAGAGCGACAAGGACCAGAAGACCUUAAUUGCUAUGGACAAAGAUAAGGACAUUAACAAAAGAGAUGCUCAUAGAUCAGCAGAAACUAAAUGUCAAAUUGCUAACCUAGAACAGAAACCUAAGACAGAAAAAGCUACACAGAAGACAACAGAAAGCCAAGUUUUACAAAUGGAUACAACUCAAGAACUAAAACCAGUAAGCAGUGAAACCCAGGGCACUGUAGGUACUAAAAUUAUGAAUGCUAAUAGUGAAGUUAGCAUCCAACAAGACCAGAUGUCCAUAACUGUUAAAGAUCAACAUGAGGAUAUAACCAAACCAGAUAUAAGCAAACCAACAGAAUCCAAACGUCCAGAUACUGACCAGAAACAACAACCAGAAAUAGUAACAACAGAAGCUCUAGAGAAGAUAUCAGAGAGCCAAACUCAAGAACUCAAGAUUGUCAGCAUCAAAACUCAGAGUGCAGAGGGAGCUAAACAGAAGGCUGAAACAAAGGAUUCAUCAAUUAAGAGUUUGGUAGGGAAGACAACAACUGCAGAUUCUAACUGUGAAGUUAGCAACAAACAGGAUGAAAAGUCUGUAAUGGUUAGAGAUCAACAUGAGAACAUAACAAAACCAGAUACAAGCAAACCUCCAAAUACAGACCUAAAACAGGGACCGCAAAGAACAGGCGCUCCAGAGAAAAUAUCGGAAAUUCAAGAACCAAAGGUUGUGAGUACCCAAAGUCAGAGUGCUGGAGGUAUCAAGGAAAAGACUGACACAAAGGAUUCGUCAGUUAAAAGUUUGGUGAUUGAGAUAGCAAUGACAUCAGAAGCUCCAAAGAAGCAAUCAGAAAGCCAAAUUCAAGAACCAAAAGUUGUAAGCACCAAAAGCCAGAGUGCUGAGGGUGUUAAAGAAAAGACUGAAACAAAGGAGUCAUCACUUAAGAGUUUGGUGAAUGAAACACCAAUGAGUACAGACGUUUCAAAGAAGCAAUUAGAAAGCCAAAUUCAAGAACCAGAGGUUCUAAUUACUAAAGCUCAGACUGCAGAGGGAACUAAAGAGGAGACUGAAACAAAGGAUUCAUCAGGUAAGAGUUUGGUGAACGUGACAACUGCUGAUGCUACCUCUAAAGUUAAAAACCAGGAGGAUCAGAAGUCAAUAGUUGUUGAUAGUUUGGCGAAUGAGAUACCAGUGAGAACAGAAGCUCCAAAGAAGCAGUUAGAAAGCCACAUUCAAGAACCAAAAGUUGUAAGUACCAAAACUCAGAGUGCUGAGAAUAUCAAGGAAAAGACUAAAACAAAGGAUUCAUCAGUAAAGAGUUUGGUGAACGUGACAACUGCAGAUGCUAACGCUGAAGUGAGAAACCAAGAAGAUCAGAAGUCCAUAAUUGUUAGAGAUCAGCCUGAGAACAUAACAAAACCAGAUGAAAGAAAAUCAACAGAAUCCAAACGUCCAAAUACUGACCUAAAACAGGAAGCAGACAGAGGAGAAGCUUCAGAGAAGCAGUCAGAAAUACGAGAUCUAAAGGAUGCAAGUACCAAAACUCAGAGUGCUGAAGAUAUCAAGGAAAAUACUAAAACAAAGGAUUCAUCAAUAAACAGUUUGGCGAAUGAGACACCAGUGAGAACAGAAGCUCCAAAGAAGCAGUUAGAAAGCCACAUUCAAGAACCAAAGGUUGUAAGUACCAGAACUCAGAGUGCUGAAGAUAUCAAAGAAAAGACUGAAACAAAGGAUUCAUCAGUAAAGAGUUUGGUGAACGUGACAACUGCUGAUGCUAACUCUGAAGUAAGAAAGCAAGAAGAUCAGAAGUCCAUAAUUGUUGGAGAUCAGCUUGAGAACAUAACAAAACCAGAUGCAAGAAAAUCAACAGAAUCCAAACAUCCAAGUACUGACCUAAAACAGAAGGCAGACAGAACAGAAGCUUCAGAGAAGCAGUCAAAAAUUCAAGAACCAAAAGUUGUAAGUACCAAAACUCAGAGUGCUGAAGAUAUCAAGGGAAAGACUAAAACAAAGGAUUCAUCAAUAAAGAGUUUGGUGAAUGAGAUACCAGUGAGAACAGAAGCUCCAAAGAAGCAGUCAGAAAGCCACAUUCAAGAACCAAAAGUUGUAAGUACCAAAACCGAGAGUGCUGAAGAUAUCAAAGAAAAGACUGAAACAAAGGAUUCAUCAGUAAAGAGUUUGGUGAAUGUGACAACUGCGGAUGCUAACUCUGAAGUAAGAAAACAAGAAGAUCAGAAGUCCAUAAUUGUUGGAGAUCAGCUUGAGAACAUAACAAAACCAGAUGCAAGAAAAUCAACAGAAUCCAAACGUCCAAAUACUGACCUAAAACAGAAGGCAGACAGAACAGAAGCUUCAGAGAAGCAGUCAGAAAUACGAGAUCUAAAAGAUGCAAGUACCAAAACUCAGAGUGCUGAAGAUAUCAAGGAAAAUACUAAAACAAAGGAUUCAUCAAUAAAGAGUUUGGCGAAUGAGACACCAGUGAGAACAGAAGCUCCAAAGAAGCAGUUAGAAAGCCACAUUCAAGAACCAAAAGUUUUAAGUACCAAAACUCAGAGUGCUGAAGAUAUCAAAGAAAAGACUAAAACAAAGGAUUCAUCAGUAAAGCGUUUGGUGAAUGAGACAACUGCGGAUGCUAACUCUGAAGUAAGAAACCAAGAAGAUCAGAAGUCCAUAAUUGUUAGAGAUCAGCUUGAGAACAUAACAAAACCAGAUGCAAGAAAAUCAACAGAAUCCAAACAUCCAAGUUCUGACCUAAAACAGAAGGCAGACAGAACAGAAGCUUCAGAGAAGCAGUCAGAAAUUCAAGAACCAAAAGUUGUAAGUACCAAAACUCAGAGUGCUGAAGAUGUCAAAGGAAAGACUAAAACAAAGGAUUCAUCAGUAAAGACUUUGGCGAAUCAGACACUGGUUAGAACAGAGCCUCCAAAGAAGCAGUCAGAAAGCCAAAUUCAAGACCAAAAUGUAAGCACCAAAACUCAGAGUGCUGAUGACGCCAAAGAGAAGACUAACACAAAAGAUUCACCAAUAAAGAGUUUGGUGAAUGAAAUUGUAAUCGAGAAUGCGAACUCUGAAGUUAGCACCCUUAAGGACCAGAAGCCCUCAAUUAUCAUAGAUGAACCUGUGGCGAUUAAGAAACAAGAUGAAAACACAGAUCAACCCAAAGAUUUCAAAGCCCCAAAUACUGACCCAGUUGUUCUUGUAACUGGGAAAGAAGCCAGUAAGACUGAUAAGAAAAAAAGAAAAGAAUUUAAAGAGGGUGAUAAAAUUAAAGUAACAAAGCCAAAGGAUCAGCAGGUGAAGGCAUCAAAGACAGAUGCCAAGCAAGAGUCAGAAAGCAUUUCCAUAAAUGAUGCAUCUGGCAAAAAAGUUGUUGGAGAACAAAAAGAAAAGCCCACUGUUGUUUCAGAUAAAGUACUUGAUAGCACUGAUGCUCAGAAGAAUGAUGGAGACGCCAAAGAGACAACCAAAACAGAAAAUAGUUUUAAACAGGAACGGCAGACUUUCAGAGAAGAGAAAAUCAUAAUAAACCUUAGUGAUCUACAAAAGUCUGCAAAGCCAACACUCAAUGGCAGUUCAUCUCUGUCUGCGACAGCAGAAUCAUCUCCAUCUAGCUGGUUAGAUGUGGAGCAUCAAAAACCUAAGAAGAAGGAACACAAAAGAAGACUAAAAGCCUCAGCCAGUGAGGACGAAUCUCUUGAGCCUGAUGACAUUGAUGAUUUUAUCAGGAGCAUUAAGGAGGGAAGCAUUCCAUUCGCACUACCUCCUAAAAGGCAUAUUCGUAAAAAGUCCCCAUCUCCACCUUUUGCCAUGCCGUCCAUCAGGGAGGACCACUUUGAGAAAGCAUUUGAUCCAGAGGAAUUCAAGUUUGGCUUAAGAAAAAAUAGCAAAUGUUUUAAGGAUCCUUCCCCGGCUAUGGUAAUUAAACAAAAAGCAGCUAAUAGGGAAGGACGGACUCUGGAAAGACAUGGACAAGAUAAUGCCAUGCACACAUUUAGAGAUGAAAUGAAAUCACUUGAUGAGGUGGAAGGAAAAGAUGGAGUCAGUGAGGGGACAAAUAUUGAAGCAGGAAAAGAAGAGGGACAAAACAAUGGAGAAGAACCUGGAAAACUGACGUCACGACUUGAAAGGAUGUCCAUCCUCUCCAGCCUACUGAGUUCCCCUCGGUCCUCCAGGAAGAGCAAAAAGGAAGCUACCUCUGCCUCCAAUAGCACACUUCCCAACCAACAGCAGGGCUUGCCAUCGCUUGGAAAGCAGGGAGCUGUUGAUUCACCUCUGCCUGCCUCUAAAGCAGAUAAGAAGGGUGUGGAAGGUCAAGAUCAAGGCCCACUUGUAGGUAGUGGUAUGGGUACAGUUAGUGAGUCAGCAAUCAGCUCCUCCUCUCCUCCUCCUUCUCUGCCCUCGUUCUCGGAGAUAAAGCUGCCUGAUCAUUUAGAGAAAUACCUCAAGAAGAGCAAAUCAGAGUCCGAGGCCUCCCAGGGCUCUACACAGAUGGUUGAAACUAAACUGAAUCCUGAUGGUGCCAUGAUGGACCAGGUCUCGACAGCAGGAAUACCAAAUGUGGAUGUGAGCCUGAAGAGCCCUGCAGGACUGCCUGCAACCAGCAACAACACCCAGCAGAGUUCUCGUAAUGCACUUACUACUUCUACACCUAAGAUACCUGCAAUAAAAGGGUUCCACAAAAGGCCUGGAAAGAUUGUCAUACAUGAACAUACUCAGUUUGGAGGGCAGGCGUUUGAACUCUACCAUGAUGUAGAGGACGCCACCGCAAUGAAGCUGUCACCCGUCAUCUCAGUCAGAGUCAUCAGAGGGUGCUGGCUCCUCUAUGAAAAACCUGGCUUCCAGGGUCGUAUCAUUGCCCUUGAGGAAGGUCCUACAGACCAAAUAUUGAAUAUGUGGGCAGAGGAAGGAACUCCGACGACACUAGACCAGAUGGGUCAGCCUAUACCAACAGCGCCUUUGGUCAUAGGUUCUAUUCGAUUGGUAGUUAGAGACUAUAGCGUACCCCGAAUUGACCUGUUUGCAGAGGUAAACGGUUUGGGAAGGGUGUCAUCUUACUGUGACGACACUGUGGAGAUUGGCUCCUAUGGGAUCCCACUGACCACCGGCUCCAUUAAGGUUCAUUCUGGAGUCUGGCUGGUGUACACCAAUCCAGGGUUUGGAGGUUUUGUUGGAGUGCUGGAAGUGGGGGAGUAUCCCUGCCCACAGGCCUGGGGUUUCCAUGAGCCCUUUGUUGGGUCUCUCAGACCCCUUCGAAUGGGACCAAUAAAGGUGGAGCACCCUCAUGAUUUCAAGGCCUUAGUGUUUGAGAAGCCCAACUUUGAUGGAGAGAGCAUCGAGGUCGACAGUGACACGUACAACUUGCAAGAAGAACCGGAAGGAGAACAAACAGGCAAACCAGACGAGAGCAAGAAGACGUUGUCUACAAUGGGGUCUAUAAAGAUCCUUAGUGGUCUCUGGGUGGGCUAUCAAGAGGCAGACUUCGAAGGCCAGCAGUACAUCCUGGAAGAGGGGGAGUAUCCUCACUGCAGUGACUGGGGAGGAUCUGAGGAUGGGCUCCUUUCUCUUCGCCCCGUGUGCUCGGAUUUCCUGUCCCCUCAUGUUAAACUGUUCAGCGAGCAGCACUUUGAUCAAUUGGGGCUCCAUGCGGACUUGCUGGGUCCCGUCCCGAGCUUGGAGGACGUUGGCCAUGGUUGCAAAACUCAGUCCGUCAAUGUCAUGGGUGGAGUGUGGGUGGCGUUUGAGAAGCCUGGAUUCAGCGGAGAGCUCUACGUGCUGGAGAGAGGCCUGUAUGCAAGCCCAGAGGACUGGGGAGCCCAGAACUACAUGAUCUCAUCCAUACAGCCGGUCUUCCAUGACACACUGAUGGGAACAACAAAAUUCAAGAUGCAGCUGUAUUCUGAGCCAGACUUCCAGGGAAGGCUGGUGACUCUGGAGGACAGCGCAUCAGCUCUGGAUGAUGACUUCGUACCUAAGUCCUGUAAAGUACUGGCUGGCAGCUGGGUGGCGUAUGAAGGAGCUCAGUUCACAGAGAACAUGUAUGUGUUGGAGGAGGGAGAAUACCCCAACACAGAGACCAUAGGCUUCCUGUCCUCAGAGUCUACCAUUCGCUCCAUACAGACUGCCGGACAUGAGUUCUCUCUGCCCUCCAUCGUCUUGUUCAGCAAGGUUGGCUGCAGAGGUCGCAGAGCGGUGCUGAGAAACGGAGCUGUGAACCUGCUGCAGGCAGGCCUCGACACACGCACACGCUCCCUGGUGGUGGAAGGAGGAAUGUGGGUGCUGUAUGAAGAGAGUAACUACCGUGGUCGACAGCUGCUCCUCCAGCCAAGUGAAGUGGGUGACUUCUGGGAGUUCAGUGGCUGGCAGCAAAUAGGAUCCUUACGUCCAUUACUCCAGAAACAGAUGUACUUCCGUCUGCGGAGCAUGGAGACGGGAUGUGUGAUGUCCCUGACAGGAACUUUGGAUGACAUCAAGCUGAUGAGGAUUCAGGCUGUGGAGGAGACGGGAGGGCUAGAGCAGGUCUGGCUCUAUCGGGACGGGCAGCUUACCUGCAAGCUGGUUGAGGACUGUUGCCUGGAGACCACAGGAGGUUUGUUGAUGGAGGGCAGCAGGCUUUGUGUCACCCCGGAGCGAGGCAAAGGCAACAACCUGUGGAACAUCACCCCAGACGGACGAGUGCACUGCCACCUCAAACCUGACCUGGUCCUGGAGGUCAAAGGUGGUCAUCAGUAUGACAAGAACCAGGUGAUCCUCAACACGUAUGAUGAGAGAAAACUGAACCAAAGAUGGACCCUGGAAGUCCUGUGAUCUUAUCAGUCUCAACUUGCCAGACAUGCCAAGUGAUACUGAACCCUGUGAUGCAGCUCCACUGUAGAGCCCACACCACAGAGAUGGGUCCAGUAGGAGGUUUUGCGCGAUCACUGCACUCCUUUGUAGUAUUUUAACUCUUGUUUACUCCUCUGGAGGAGGGUGACCUUUAACUGGAUGAACUUUAUAACUAUUCUCAUAGUGUUAAUUGAGUGAAUGAGUAUCAUAAAAGCAUUGCUUAUGUUUGCCACUUGAUUUCAAACACUGUUUACCAAAGACUUCAGGCACCCCUCUCUAUGUCGUCACUGCAUGUAGUGAGAACUCAGCCCUGUUUCAAUGCUGCAUACUUCCCUUUACUUAAUGGUACGUUUCUACUGCAUGGUUCCAGCGUCUGUCUUCUGAUCAUAAUGUUGGCAAAUAUGAAUGUAUAGUGUAUACUGACAGCUGUUUCUGAAGUCCGAUGUGCCUACACUCCAAAGAUGUAUGUCGACUAAGAUGUUUUUGUGAAUAGAUCAAAAAUGAUCUAUUUUAGAGUUUUAAUAUUUGCUUAGGACUUUUUACACAAACUGGACUUUACUGCAUGAGGUUGUAUAUAAGCAUCAAGUGUAUAGAUCUUAGUUUAAAUUUCAAAGCAGGACUGCAAUAACACUGCUGCCCACUGUUGAUUGUAAAUAUGUGAAUGUCCAAGAGAAAACUGUUACACAUGAAAAUAAGAAUGAUUCUCUCUAUUGUCUUUUUUAGAAAAUAAAGCAUUUUCUGUGUUUUAAUAUAUUGUUUCUAUAAGAGUUGCCUAUUUCUAUGCAAUAGAGGAUUGAUCACCACAUUUUAAAAUUAAAGAGACA